AUGCCUGUAACACCAGGAGACGAUGAAUACCCUUUCGAACACCAUACUUUCAACCCCUCACAACCUUUCUUGAGGCAAGAAGAUGAAGAAGCAGAAGACACUAUUCUCGAGGAGCCUGUACAUUUGGCGUCGAGAGAGGAAAAGAAACGCAGAUGGUGGAAGAACGCGGUAUUGAACGUGUUGUUUAUUGCAUCCUGGUUCUUCUUUGCCACAGUGCUCUCUGUCUACAAUAAAUGGAUGUUUUCAGACAAACACAUGAACUUCAGGUUUCCCCUCUUUGUUACAACACUUCAUAUGUUUGUGCAAUUUGCACUAUCUGCGCUUUUUCGAGUCGUUUGGCCUCAUCAUUUCCGUCCCGAAAGGAGUCCGCAGCUUGAAGAUUACGGGAAGAAAGUGGUUCCGACGGCUGUAGCCACCAGUCUAGACGUAGGACUGUCCAACUUCUCCCUCAAAAUGAUCUCAUUAUCUUUCUACACCAUGUGCAAAUCUUCCUCGCUUAUAUUUGUUCUUCUCUUUGCCUUCCUCUUCAAAUUGGAAACAUUUUCUUGGCGGCUGGUCGGAGUUAUCUUUCUAAUUUGCGCGGGUGUUCUUCUCAUGGUCGCGACCGAAACACAUUUCGUGCUCAAAGGAUUUCUUUUUGUUAUUAGUGCCAGUGCCCUGGGGGGCCUGCGCUGGGGCCUCACUCAGUUACUGUUGCGGAACAAGAAACUUGGUUUGGAUAACCCUGCUGCCACUGUUUUCUGGAUGUCGCCAGCUAUGGGAAUCUCCCUGGCUAUAAUAAGCGCUAUUGUAGAAGGAUGGGGUACCGUUAUACGCAGCGGUUUUUUUUCCACCUUGCCAAAGGCCCUGGAAACGAUAUUUUACCUGAUAGCCCCCGGUGUCGUCGCAUUUUGUAUGGUCAUGAGUGAAUUUUACAUCAUUCAACGAACGGGGAUGGUGCCAAUGUCGAUCGCUGGCAUAGCGAAGGAGGUAACAACGAUUACUAUCUCGGCAUGGUUCUUUGGCGAUGAGCUCACACCGUUGAAUAUUACCGGUGUAGCGAUCACAGUUUGUGGUAUCGUCUUAUUCACGUAUCACAAGUAUCUAAAGUCAGUCAACGCAACGGUGCCCUUGGAUGCGCAUGGAAAUCCUGUGCUAACAGACGAAGAGUUGCUCGAUGGGCAUCACAUUCGGCUUGAUGACUCGCUGCGAUUAACGAUAACGCGUGGCAGUGGAGGGUUUCAUAGCGUGCGCUUAUAUUUUACGUUUGGAAUUCCCGUUAGUUAUUCACGCAGGCCGAAACAUAGGACGAAACUUCGGCGAGCUCCCGCCAAUUGGUAUUCACCGCCGAAGAGGAAACUGAGACUGGCGACGCGACGCUUCCGUCGGCUGCAACCACUAGAACUCGUCCGGACGCCGGGCUGCCAAACGGAGUUGGACACGAUGAUCUGCAAUUUCAGUCACUCGAGUCCUCGGAAGUGCAAAAAGGAUGGGCUUCAUAAGCUUCAUUCAUAUAGAGGCGGGAGACAGAGUGAGCAUCGGAAUUUGGAUAGCAGAUUACGGAUUCACGACAUAGAUGACGCAGAUGUAAUUUAUUCAGGUCCGAAAGGACGAAGGGGGAUUGCGUUACAUAUCGUAUACCGAGACGGCCUCUGUGUACCGCCUUGA